CAUGUGUUCGUUUAUAGGAGCGCACUGUUUCGAAGAGAGCUAGUGGGGUUUAACUUCUCUCCGACAAAAAAACACAAAAAAAAAAAAGGACAAAAAAAACAACCUGGUUCUUCGGGAACGCCCGUUGAAUAUGCAGCAGUUUUAACGGAGCUUUCAGUUUCGAUAUAAGAUAGACAGCCGCACUGACAGCGAGACUUACUGGAGCAGAUAGUUUCAGUGCGCAGUGGCAUUUUUGAGAUCGAUUAGGCGCGUCUCCUCUUGACUCUAGCUCGGAUUUUGGUUUUACAUGUUGGUUUUGUUCAGAUAUAGGCGAUGAAGACUGUGCUGUGCGCUUUUAUGACGGCUGUGAUCGCGUUACAGCGGGCCGAAUGUCUCAAGAGGACCUAUUAUAUUGGCAUAAGAGAGGAAGACUGGAAUUACGCACCGACCGGCCGAAACCUUAUCAAUGGGCGAAGCAUUCAGCAAGAUGAACAUGCAUCGGUUUUUCUGUCGAAUGGCCCUACCCGGAUAGGAAGUGUUUACAAAAAGGCAUUAUACAGACAGUACACAGAUGAGUCUUAUUCCCAAGAGAUACCUAAACCACAUUGGCUCGGCUUCCUCGGACCCAUUUUAAGGGCUGAGGUCGGUGAUGUCAUUGUGGUGCACAUGAAGAACUUCGCAAGCAGACCUUAUUCUCUCCACCCUCAUGGAGUGUUCUAUGAGAAGAAUUCAGAAGGUUGGAUAUACAUUAUCUCUCUAUCAGUUCCUUUACUUAUCUUCUACAUCCCCGUUCUUCCGUUAAUCUUGCUGUCUUUCUAUGUUUAUCUCUGAGUUACAACAGCAAUUUAGAGUCUCUUGACACACAUCCCAUAAACCAG